AUGUCCGACAACGGGGAAGUCGAGGUCGCGGCCUACCCUGUCCUGCCUAAGGAGGUCCUGGCCGAGCAGGGCAGCGUCAAGCUGUUCAACAAGUGGAGCUAUGAGGAUGUUGAGAUUCGGGACAUCUCCCUGACCGACUACAUCCAGAUCCGCUCCCCUGUCUACCUCUCCCACUCUGCUGGUCGCUAUGCCGUCAAGCGUUUCCGCAAGGCCCAGUGCCCCAUCAUCGAGCGUCUGACCAACUCGCUCAUGAUGAACGGCCGCAACAACGGCAAGAAGCUCAUGGCUGUGCGCAUUGUCGCUCACGCUUUCGAGAUCAUCCACAUCAUGACCGACCAGAACCCCAUCCAGGUCGCUGUUGACGCCAUCGUCAACUGCGGUCCCCGCGAAGACAGCACCCGUAUCGGUUCCGCUGGUACCGUCCGCCGCCAGGCCGUCGAUGUCUCCCCUCUGCGCCGUGUCAACCAGUCCAUUGCCCUCCUGACCGUCGGUGCUCGUGAGGCUUCUUUCCGCAACAUCAAGUCGAUUGCCGAGUGCCUUGCUGAGGAGCUGAUCAACGCCGCCAAGGGUAGCUCGAACUCUUACGCCAUCAAGAAGAAGGACGAGCUUGAGCGUGUUGCCAAGAGCAACCGGUAA